UCGGUUUUCACAUUAAACGAUCAUUUUAAGGGCGAACCAAUCAAACUGCAAAUUUAUACAAAUUGAUACUAAACGGGUUAUAUUAAUUUUAUAACAAAAAUUAAGUGUGUAAAUAAGUUUGAACGGAGUCGUAAUUAAAACUAAUUGGGUGUAAUAUAGCGAUAAUUAUUUUGUAUUAACGCGGGUUUUCGCCGGAAUUUUGUCCUUUUCGACGUUUCGCACGGAUUUCGGCGGUAUUUUUUUUUUAAACUCGCACACCGGGAAGUGGACUUGUGUUCGAAAUUUGAAAAUUUAAACAUGACCGUUGGUCAUUCGCGUGAUGUUUUAUUAGCGAACCGACAAUAAAGUAUUUAUUUUUUUAUAAAGUGUAUGAGAAAGUGUUUUUUUUUUCUACCGUAGUUUUAAGCGUUCUGUGUUCAUAAUUGUUAAUUAUAAAUGGUUUACGAUGGAGUGCUGAAGACGAUGUCGAUAUAGGGGGCGGCCAGGGUUGGCCUUUUGAGGCCAUGCUCAACAACCUCACAGCGACAGCUUUAGGAGGUCACAAAGAUUCGUGCUCCGAGGAGAGUAAGCAGCACGAGAUCAAACCGAACAUCGAGCGACCGCACCAUGCGCUCGGAGCGCGGUUACACAUCGCACACAACAUACGGGCUGAACACUUACAAGGUGGCAUCCACCAGCAACACAGUGGCGGGCAUAUGGCGACGGUGCCAGUCAGCAUGUCCUCGUCAGCAUCAGACAGCGAUAAGCCCGCCAAGCAGAAGAGGCACAGGACAAGGUUCACGCCCGCACAAUUGAACGAGUUAGAACGAUGUUUUUCCAAGACACACUAUCCUGAUAUUUUUAUGCGGGAGGAGAUAGCCAUGAGGAUCGGCCUGACCGAAAGCCGAGUUCAGGUUUGGUUCCAAAACCGCCGGGCGAAAUGGAAGAAACGCAAGAAGAGUACCAACGUGUUCAGGUCUCCCGGUGCUUUGCUGCCCUCCCAUGGUCUCCCUCCCUUCGGGGCGGGCGACGUUUGCAGUCCUGGGGUGUUCGCUGAUAGACCCUGGUCAAUGCCUGCUGGUCUCGGCCAGCUGUCACAAGGCGGUGUGUCGAUGGGCGGGUUCGGAGCAAGCACACUGCCGCAGCUCGCUGCUGACCUAAAUCCUUCACUCCCCAUCAGCUCCGUGGCGUCCGGUCAGCCGUAUCAGUCACACUAUCCUCUUAAUUCAUUAGGGGACACGAUGAUGUCAUAUUGUAAUAACAUAAGUGGGGGCCAACAGUCAGCCGGACCUCUGGAAGGAUCCCCAACACCACCCCACAUGGCUCACUGCGCCAACAACAAUGCUUCACCGACUGCGUCAGGAAAUGGCGGGGAGCAGGUAGAAGAAGAAGUGUGGCGUGGGCACAGCAUCGCUGCACUGAGGCGACGAGCUUCAGAACUUUCCGCUGCCAUUCCGCCAUACCUGCAGUUGAACUACGACGCGCACAGCCCAGUCUACUGACCUAAUGGCGGUUCAGCAUCUCGUCAGUUUGAUAGAACCGCUGUCCGCCAUUUCAACGAACUGUCUACACAGUACCAUUAAUGUAUUCUAUUCUUAAAAUUAGCUGUGUCAAACACCGGACGUCCAAUAACUUUCUCUUUGGAUUUUCGAUAUUUUUAUUCAUGCUAACUUAACCAAUUCAACUGAAAUGAAUAAUAAUGAAAUGAACUGGUAAUUUGACAUAAUUUAUAAUUCGAUCAAUGUUUUUUUUUUUUUAUAAUGACUAACGCAAUUAUUUACAAUAACAAUUUUGAUGCUUGUCUUUUUUAUUGGGAGAACCGUGUUACGCCAUUUUGAUAUUCUAAUAUAACUGAAUUCCGCCAUAAUAGCGAACUUUGCGUGCACAAAGAUAUGGUUUUUCAAUUGAGAACAAAGGAUAAAUAUAUUUUUUUAGAAUAUUUAAAACAUCUUCUAUUAUUAUAAUAAAGUACAUAACAAUAAAAAAAAAUGUAAAAAAGCAUUUAACGACAAUUUUAUAAUUAAUUUUGUUAUUUGUCUGAAAAAAAAAAGAAAAUUUUAACUAAUUUUCACAUUUCUCAAAUGAUGGACAUAGCAAAAACUGUAAUAGCAUGUCUAAAAUAUCAUACAUUCUUACGUUUGACCCUAAAUGGUCACGUAUAGUGUGGUCUCAAAGGAAUUUUCUCCUGCGAACGAUCAAGCUGUGAAAUAAGCUCCCUGCUGAGGUCUUCUCUACCGACUACAUAAUUACAACAUUACCAUCAGACAGGCUGAAUACUUGUUUGCCACCUUUGUGGUAUUAAAAAAAAACAUUAUAUUAAAAAAAAAUUUUUUUUUUCCUUGUGCAAUCGCGUCAAAGUUCUCGCUGAUUAUCAGCUGUAUAUAAAUACGUAUUUCCACAUACAAUAAUAGUCCCAACACGGUGACGGGGACAUUCUCACCGGGACAUUUAUUUAUAGUAAAAAAUUGAGCUGUAUUCGAGUAAAUACAUGUAUACGCAUUCGUACAAUAAAUAAAUUUAAAUAUUAAUGAUAAUAUAAGCUAUUUAUAUCAUAAGCGAUUAUAAAGGUAUUAAAUAGUUUUUAAAAAUUUAGACAUUAAAAUAUCGGUGUAUUUAUGGGGCUCGUUGGACUGUCAUAUAUAUAUGAUUGUAACUAUAUUAGUUUAUGAAGUUGGAAUAGUAAAAUAAGGUGACAUUGGUUCUUCAAUAGCUUGAGAUGUAAAUCUAGGAUAUAGCCAAAUGAAGUGAUUUUGUUGAUAUGUUAUAUCUAUCUAUAUAAAUUACAUAUUAUUUUUAUUCGUAAAUAUGAAAAAAUACCACUUAAUUUUAAUAUAAUAAGUAACGAAUAAAAAAAAAUAUUUAUGUGGAUAUCAAAAUUAGAACAGAUAGAUCUUUUUAUUAAAAAAAAAAAAACAAUUUUUGUUUACUUCGCAAUUGUUCGACUAGUUUAAAACUGCAUAGUAAAAUGCAUAAAUUACUACAAUUGAGUAUGACUCACUACAGUCAUUAUCUAAAAGUUGAUUUUUUUCAUGUAGUAACAUUUUUAUAUGAUGUGACAUGAUUCUAUAUAUAUGAUAGUGUUACAAGCCCGUAUGCAAGUUUGUGGUAAUCCACCAUUAGCUUAGGUAUUGUUUAAAACAUUCCAAAUUGAUAUGUAGGCUAAAUUAUUGUUACUAAAUAAAAGAUGAUUCAAAAUAUUGAUUCCUUGUUGUUUUUGAUAAAUAAAAAAAAAAUAAUAACAAAAAAGCAUCAGCAUAUUUUUUCUAAUUUUAAAAUGUAGAUAUUGUGUUAUUAAAAAUCACAAGGAACAAUAACAAGUUUGCAUUUAAGUUUGCAAUCUACUUGGGAGUGAAUGUGAUAGCAAUAUGUAUCCCUGUCCCUCUCUCUCUCUCUCUGUAUCAUAAUGCUUUUUACCAUCCGAUAUCGUUUUCCAAAUUCAAAUCAUCUUUAUUUAAAUAGACUUGUUUACUUGUUUUUUUUUUUUUAAUUUAGUUUUUUUUAUCUAUGCCUGAAUACUAUAUUUUAUUUUUCUUUGUCUUUUAUUUAUUAAUUUCACGUUUGUAUUUUAAACUAACAAAUUUAAAGCUCUAUUUAUAGUCACUUAAUAAUUGAAUUCCGUGAAUAAUAUUAAGGACUGAAUUCUCUCAGUUCUCAGAAUUCUAAAAUAAGACUUAAGUCCGGAGUUCGGGUCGGAAUGAUAUUUUCUCAAGAUCAAUAACGAGCAUGCGACUCUUUUGGUGUUGUAGGCGUUCGUAGACUAUGAUAACUAUCCGACUAGACGUAUGCACGUACAAUUUUUUUAUGAUAUAUUUUUUAUUUUUGAUAGACUUUAGUUUAUAAUUGAUGUCACUAUUUCAUUUUCGAAUAACUUCAAAAGGAAGGAGAUUUUCAAUACAGUUGUUGUUUAUUUUUAUGUUUGUCACCUCGUAACUCCAUCAUUUAGAAACUGAUUUAAUAAAUUCUUGUUAUAUCUGAAAGAAUAUGCUUAGAGAUUGGUCACAUAGAAACUUUAUCAAAUUCGGUCCAGUAGUUUAGUUUUGAAAUCAAAAUAACACAAAACACACAAUCUUGUAAUAUGACGUGUUUCCGCUAAGAAAGGAUUUUCGAAAAUUUCAACUUUAACCAACAAAAAGGGGAACACGACAUCACGCGGGCACAGCCAUGAGAAAUAGCUAAUAUUAUAUAUAUAUAUUUAUAUUAUUCUACUUAUACAACUGUAUCGUUAUAUUUGUUAAUUGUCUUGCUUAUUCCCUAUAUAUAUUUAUACACACACACA